AUGUGGCCGCCCCUUGCGCAUCUUUGGCCUAGAGUACCUGCAGUGAGGCUCGGACCACAGCAUGCAGCCCAUGCUGCUGACUCCUCAGCCUUCAGCAGCGCCGCAGACUGCAGUCCAACCAUCCACUUGCCGAGGAUCCGAGAGCUGAGGCAUGACCAGGUGGAGAAGCUCGUGGUCAUUCAGGGCAUCGUCGUAUCGGUUCGAACUCCGAGAAGCAAGGUCCGCAAAGUAGUCUUGAGAUGCUCCAACUGUGAGAAUGUGGAGGAGGUAACCGUGGAAGCUGGCUUCACUGCUGCCCACAUUCCAGGAGCGUGUAAAGGCAAUGCUCUCCGGGCAGGGAACCUGGAACGAUGCCCACCCAACUCGUUCGUGGCUGAUGCGUCGCUGAGCGAAUACGCCUCGGACCAAAGAGUUCGAUUGCAAGAGCUGCCGGAACACGUACCGGUGGGAGAGAUGCCUCGGUCCAUCGACCUCUGUGCGCAGAUGUAUGAUGUGGAUCUAUGCACGCCUGGCACACGCCUAACGUGCAUCGGAGUCUUCAAUGCCUCGGAGAAGGCUGCAGGAGACAAGCUAACGCGGGGCAGGAACCAGGGCACCAACACCGUGAAAUACUCGUACAUCCAGGUCUUGGGCUUGCAGCGGGCCCAAGGCAAUCGUUCCCAGGGGGCCUUGGAGAUCAGCGCGGAGGAGGAGGAACGCUUCGACCAGAUCUCCAAGGAUCCCGGCAUCCGGGAGAAGAUCUUUCAGUCCAUUGCUCCGGCAAUUUGCGCCAGCGAGAAGGAUGUGGUCAACGACGUCAAGAGGGCAGUGGCUUGCUUGCUCUUUGGCGGUUCCAGGAAGUUCUUGCCAAGUGGCAACCGCAUCCGAGGUGACAUCAACGUCUUGCUCCUUGGUGAUCCUGGUACUGCAAAGAGUCAGAUCUUGAAGUUUGCUGGCCAAGCAGCUCCCAUUUCAGUGUACACCAGCGGGAAAGGCAGCAGUGCCGCGGGAUUGACCGCUGCUAUCGUCAAGGAAAGGAAUGGCUUCACUCUUGAAGGUGGAGCCAUGGUUCUUGCCGACGGUGGCAUUGUGUGCAUUGAUGAGUUUGACAAGAUGGAUGCCAAAGAUCGGGUGGCCAUCCAUGAGGCCAUGGAGCAGCAAACCAUCUCCAUCUCAAAAGCGGGUAUAACCACAAUGCUCAACACACGUUGCAGUGUCCUCGCGGCUGCCAACCCUCGCUUUGGGUCGUAUGAUGACAUGGCUGGCACUGCCGACCAGAUGGACUUCGAAACCACCAUCUUGACCCGAUUUGACAUGAUGUUCCUUGUCAAGGAUGUCAGGGAUGAAGAGAAAGAUUACGCCCUCGCAAUGCACCUUAUCGGUCUUCACAACGAAGGCAAGCAGGAGGAGAGCAAGUCGCCCUUUUCCGUGCAAGAACUCAGGAAGUACAUCGCGUACUGCCGCAGCAAGUGCAGCCCUCGGCUGAAGCCCGAGGCCAAAGAGGUCUUGAUCAACCAUUACCUCACCAUUCGCAAGGCCAUGAAGACUGACCAACAGGCGACGGUACCCAUCACCGUCAGGCAGCUAGAAGCAAUUGUGCGAAUUUCAGAGAGCCUUGCAAAGAUGGAGUUGAAUGAGGAUGCUGACAUUGGCCACGUGGAAGAGGCGCUCCGCAUGUUCACCGUGUCCACUCUGGAUUCGGCGAAUAGAGACCGGGUCCAGGCGGCAGGUUGA